AUGUUGCUACAAGAUGCGCACUGUUUUUCAGGAAAAGAGAAGAUAACUGAAAGCAGUAGUGGUCAGAUAAGACGUUCGAAAGGUUCGAAAGGUUCCGUAUUUCAUGUAUCAACUUACAGAAAAAAUAUCAUCUACAAAUCCCUUCGUUACUGCUUUAUUGAAGGGCGUAAUGAUUUGAACCCGAUGAUAGAAACAUGGAUACCACAUCAUCCAAGAAUAGACUUUUCUGUUCGUGAAAUAGAUAAAGUAAAGUAUUUUACAAAUAUUGUUGAUAUCACUGUUAGAAGCCAACACGAAAUAGAAUUUCCUAUUGAAUUGAAACUUCCGUCAUUAGCACAACAUCUUCAGAGAAUUAAAGAAGGUUAUUUUUGCACAGGGGAAAAGACCAGUAAGGAAUUCUUCACAAACAUAAAACAUUUAGCCAACUUAUUAUCACAAGUCGUAUACCAGGCAAUAUCGGGACACUAUAUAGGCGGAGUGUCAACAGACACUCAAAGCUUCCUGCUAUUUUGUUUUGAUCUUUCAGAGCUUCAGAAAAACCAAGAGCUCCAGGGGAAAUUGCGAAAAUAUGAGCAAUCCAAGGACAAGCAGGAAACUGAGCGUUUAGCUCGUAAAAUCGAGAUUUUCAUUGAUAAUUAUUUGGAACGAUUUAUUACGAAUCAAGCCUUCAAAACUCCAGACACAAUUAAUAUUACCCAAAUUGACAUGAAAACAUUAUGUCUAACAAAUGACUCAAUGUCAGAAAAUGAUUUUUCUAUCACCUUGAAAUUGUUGGUGUUCAUUUAUAAGGUGAUGGUGAUGAACAUUGAGCAUCAAACAUUGAUAAGAUUCUUUCAUGACAAACUUCUUCAGAAGCUUCUAUUGGGCACUAGAGAGAAAUUGGAGAUAAUCAAGAAUGGCCAGAAAGUAAUAGUCCUAUUUUAUAAAUUUAUUUUCAAAGAAGAUCAACGAGCACGAAAAUUGUUCCAGACGGUAUGUCCAGACCUAGAAUUCUUGGAAAAGCAAAAAAGAGAUUUCAGCAAGGCAUGUAAGGUGUUUCAUUCCAAAAACUCUUGGAAAUAUGAGAAAUGCUUAAAAUUUAAGGAAAUCUACCACGCAGUUACAAUCACUAUGAAGUUUUGUUAA